GGAGCCGAGCGGCUGACGCUGGGUCCGCGCCCGCGGGCAUUUCCCCCUCCCCCUCCUCCCCUUCCUCCUUACUUCCUCCUUCCUCCCCUUCCCUCCCCCGGCCCAGCCCAGCCCGCUCGGGCCCGGCCCGGCCCGGCCUAGUUCCGAGGGGCGAGCGGAAGCCUCCCGGCGGACGCCCAGGUGGAAUAUAUCUGCCUCUUAAAGUUGGGAAAAGGAAAAAAACUUUUUGAGUAAUAAAGAUGCCUCCUAAAUUCAAACGCCACCUAAAUGAUGAUGAUGUCACUGGUUCUGUGAAAAGUGAAAGGAGAAAUCUUUUGGAAGAAGAUUCAGAUGAAGAAGAGGAUUUUUUCCUGGGCCCAUCUGGACCAAAAUUUGGACCUCGGAAUGACAAAAUUAGGCAUGUACAGAAUCAGGUGGAUGAAGUAAUUGAUGUCAUGCAAGAGAAUAUUACAAAAGUGAUUGAAAGAGGGGAGAGACUGGAUGAGCUACAAGACAAAUCAGAAAGCUUAUCAGAUAACGCAACAGCUUUUAGCAACAGAUCUAAACAGCUUCGAAGACAAAUGUGGUGGCGUGGAUGCAAAAUGAAGGCCAUCAUGGCUCUGGUUGCUUUUAUCCUUUUGCUGGUGAUUAUCAUUCCUAUUGUCCUGAAAUAUCGGACUUGAUUCGGUGACCAGAGAUCUCCAGUAAAACAGUUCUGGGACAAUUUAAAAAAAAAAGAUUGCUGCAUAAUUUAAUGAAAUAUGUAUAUGACUUUCAAUUGUUUUUUCUCAAGAAGUAAAGAGGCAAGUGUCCAGUUCAAACUGGAGCAUUGACAAGUUCCCAAUUCACCUCCUGCCCUUCACCAAAAUAUGCUGUCAUUAAUUUAUUUUAAAACAGAAGCAUCUGCUUUGCCAUGUUAUAGGAAUCUGAUUUGAAACUAGAUACUUGCCAAUACGUUAUUUGUAUAUAGAGUUAAACAUUGAUGAUGAUAUUUAUAAUUUAACACAAUUUCCUACUGUAAACUAGAGAGGUGGGGAUUUAUUGCAUCAAGUUCAGGGAUAGGGUGGGAGAUAAGAGGUGAAACGUUAUGUAAAAAGGGAUGGCAACCAUUCAGUUAAUGACUAUAAAAUGUAUAAUUUUUCUCAUGUAAAAAAAUAGGUUUUGAAAAUGGUUUCCAUAUAUUUAUGGAGAAACUAAUGUUUUCAAUACUGCUACUUUCAACUGUGACUAAAGACAUUCCAGUAAACCUAUUUUGCCUGUAUGUAGAAUUUGUAACAACUCUUUUUUUUGUUUUUGUUUUUUUUUUUUACUUUGGGGCUAUAGUAGUGUAUUCUGAUCAAUCUUAAAGCACAGUGUGGCCCAGUUAAGGCAGAAAAUGAGAUUGACGGAAAAGAGAGCAUCAGUAGAGUGUUUGGGAAUAAUGGCUUCUACUUAUGGGCACAUUGCAAUCAAAAACAGUCAAUUUUCAUUCCCUCCAGUAAUAAUUGGACAGAAAUUAAGAGAUGAUGACUAAAGGGAAUCCAUGAAUACUCAAUUUGUUCCAGUAUUUACCCUCAACAGACCCUCUUUCCAGAGCUGCUCACAAGUCCAUUCCCUGCUCAACAUCUCUCCUCUGGUGGAAGUGCUAGUUUGCCAUGAGACGGCCAGAAAACAAAGAGCGAGACCUAGGAGAAGCCGCUAGGAGCCUGAGUAAUCCACAAGUGGGAUCAUCUGUACCUGAAAAAUCACAUGCUGGCUAACGUUGAAAGUUGAACAUUUUUCUUGACCUAUUUUCACUUAAUAAAUAAUUAAAGACA